AUGCCGCCGCCAGAGCUCCUUCCUGUGUCUCAGUACCCCGAGGUUAUCGACAUCAGCUGGAGGCACAACCUCCGCUAUGACCCACGUCUCGGCGACGAAGACGAGGAUGAAGCCGCAUAUGGCUCCUACCACGUUCCCCGCGACAUCCCGCCUCUCCGUCAUGUCCGUAUCGAGACGCCUUCUUGGGGCCCCGGAGGCUCGCAGGGCCGGUCCUCGCCCAGCGACACUGAGAAGCAACCUCAGCGGCGCGAAAGACGGUCCUGCGGCCAGCACAUGAAUGCACUCCGCCAGACUGCCGCCAGGUACUUCCCUAUCGACCUCGCGUGGAUCCCAGCCAACUUCUCCUGGCCGAAGAUCAAGCCUAUCGUCCGUAGCUUCGUCAUGGCUUUUAUAUCAGUCGUCUUCAUGGUCCUAAGCCCAGUCGAGGACGUCACAGGCCAGGCUUCAUUCCUCUUUCUAGUUGCCGCAUUCCUCGACCCACCCGCCGAUCCCUUCAUUUCCGUUCUCGAGCGCGAGUUACUCUUUGCGCUCUGUGUCACGGUUGGCUGGGCCUGGUCUUGUCUAGGUAUAUUCUUCGCGCACCUGGCCCGCCACCAUACCGACUACAACAUUACGCAGACGGAGGCACUCUCGGGACAAUACAUCGAGGCUGGCCCGACCGUCAUCUCCGCCAUAUGGGUGUUCCUCGGCGUGACUUUCUUCCUCUUUAUCAAGGCCAAGAAAGGAUCGGGCCCCUACCUCAUUCCCUCUGUUUUCGGUGCGGUCGUCAUCGACAUCUCCUUCAUCACCGAUGUCCUCUUCCCCUACCCAUACUAUACUGUUGGUAGGGUGAUUGUCCUUCCACUCGUGCUCCACUGUGGGCUCUGCAUCCUGGCGAGCGCGACCAUCUUCCCCAGCACGAUCACCACACAGUACGCGAGUGCCCUUGCACGCUCGCUCGAGCCACUUGAAGCUGCGCUCCGCGAGCAUCGCACCGUACUUAAGCUCCCUCCCUUCGGCUCCGACUUCUCCUCGACGGUCCAGAAGAUCACCGGUCUUGUCACCAAGUCCGAAGGAGGACUUGGUCCUGCCGCUGCGGCGUUGCGUCUUGUAAAGAACGACGUCAUCUGGGGUCGAUUCGCACCAGCAGAUAUCGGGCAUAUGCAAGAGUUCGGGCGCCGCCUAGUUGUGCGCGCAAACGGACUCGGGAUCUUCUUUACCCUCAUCGACCCGACGCGUGAGCGGUUCCCAGUCACACCUCUUCCCAGCAAACCGAACACACCAGUCAUGACCCCUGUGGCCUCGUGCGGACAGUCACUCUCGCAACCUGGCACGCCUGCACUCGGCUCAAACUCACCCGACCCACGAUCUGAUCCCGACUCAGUCGCCUGGGGUCGCAGCCCGCCGCCUUCCCGUCCCCGGAGCCCUACACCUAGCGCUGUGGACACCAAAGAGCGUGGACGGCUUCGACACCGGACCGGUCGGUACAAGACCAAUCCGAGCGGCUCCCUAUCCUCUCUCCGUUUAUCCAUCAGCCGACACCUUCACCUACGACACCGGCAGCCUGAUAGCGAAGAAGACGGCCAAAAUCAAAGACUGCACUUCUCCCUCCUCCACCUCGCCCAUUCGCUCUCAGUUCCUCACGCGAGCGCGCCCGUCGGCGAGACGGCCGUCGCGGUCUUCGAGAGUCAACGGUACCUCGCGCUCGAGGCGACGCGGCUGAGCCACCCGGACAGCCCGGAGGCGACGGAGACGUUCGUUUACCUCCUCAGGGAGAGCUGCGAUGACCUUUUGGGCGCGUGUGCGGACGCGGUGCGCGAGGCGAGGGGGUGGGUCGGAAGUGUGCGGAAUGGGUGGUUCGAGGGGAGGAAGAGCGCGGAGCAGAGGAGGUUGGACACGAAGGCGAGAAUGUUGGAAGUGAGGUACAAGGUGGACAGUGCACUGAACCGGUUCCGGAAGGAUUUCAGGCAUAAGGUCCUCGACCCUUACCGUUCAGCGUUCGACCCCGCCCGCGUUGGUUCACCUGUACCAUCUCAUCCAGUUCGCAACCGUGGCUAUAGAAAUGAUCGACGCGAUCACGUCGCUGGAGGAAGACAAGAAGAGGCCUCGCUGUGGGGCCCGUUUAUGCCCGUGAAAUUCAAGAAGGUCUUCUUGAACUGGGGCGGGAGCCAAUACGACGCAACGGUCGAAACGGAAGGCAACGACGAUGAGGAUCCAGACACCAUCCCCGGUAUGCAGACCGACUGGGACGAAGACUUGGGCCAGCCGUCUCGGAGAGACCCCGACGCACUCCCGCCGAACACUCCCCUCGAGCACGUCAUGUCGUGGUUCCACACUCUGCUUAUGGGUCUCACGGGCGGGAACAUGCUCUUCGCUCUCAAAGCGGGCACGCUCACCGUCCUCCUCUGCCUCCCGAACUUCCUCAAGCAUACAGCACACUUCGCAUACGAAGAGCGAUUCGUCUGGGGCAUCUUCAUGGGCCAACUGACACUGGCGCGAUUCAGGGGCGACACGACGUUUGCGCUGUUCGCGCGUCUGCUGUGUACGCUUCUCGGCGGCCUGACAGGCUUGGUAAUGUGGUACAUCUCCGCGCAGAAGGGCAUCGGCAACGCCUACGGCUACACGGCUAAUGCGCACUUCGCCGCGAUCUUCCACUUCUACGGCUGGUCGCUCGCGUGGCGACGGUUUGUGCUCGUCUGCGCGGGCGUCACAGCCGCGUUCAUCUUCAGCCUGCUUCCGCCGAGCACGACGCUGCGCAAGUACCAGCGAACGAUGCUGAGCACGACGACGGCUGAGCUAGGCAGCGUCUACUGCUCGAUCGUCAGCUUUGCGAACACGAGAGGGCGGCACGACGUCAACCGCGGGGAGAUCGUGCAGGCGUUGAUCGCCAUCCGGAUGAAGCUGAAGCGGUCGGUCAUGUUGAAGACGAACAUCAUCUACGAGUUUUCAUUGCGAGGCAAGUGGCCGGCGCAGCGUUACCAGCGGAUACUGGAGCUGCAGAUGCAAAUCGCGUUUUUGCUCUCCCAUCUCAUGUCAGUCGUAGAGCAUCUCGACCCCGCUUGGUCGCGAGCGUUCCUUCGACGCACGCGUCUGCUCGAUGCUGAUUUCCAGGGCGAUGUACUCGCGGUGAUCAGCAUGAUAUCGACGGCGCUUCGUACUGGAACACCUCUUCCGCAAGUGACGCCGUGUCCGCUGGUCGAUCGGUUCAUGGUCUACUCGCACGGUCUGAACGUGAUACGGCAGGAAGAAGACGACGACUACGGCUUGCCGCGGACGAUGACCAUCGACACGCUGGAGAACGAACAGUACCUGUCGUUCGCGGUCGGUGUGACGACCGCGUUCGGUAUCAUCCUCCGCCUCGACAAACUGAUGGUGGCUGCGAAGGAGCUCGUCGGCGAGCAGUACCACAUCCACGGGAUCGGCGUCCCCGCGGAGGCAAGAGGGUAUAUGGAGAACAGUGAAGCAGAGAAGCUCGGGAAAGAAGUUUGA